UGGGUCACUACUUGUACAUUGUUGGGGGGACGUCAGGGUUUGUUUACAACAUGGACAUCCACCAGCUGGACCUACGGACGGCCACGUGGACACACCUUGAAGCCGACAACCAAAAGUACAUCCCAGAGAGCAGGUACAGACAUGAGGUAGCCAGUGACGGGACAAGGCUCUACCUGUUCGGGGGUGGCACUGCCUCCACCUCGUUUGGAUUUGACAAGAUGCCAGCAUUCCAUUUUGAAAGAUGUAUGUGGGACGAAAUAAAGACAAAGCCAGAUCCCAAAAAUGGUUACCCUACUCCAAGGAAGUGUCAUAGCUGUGUGUAUUAUGAAAAAGGCGCUUACAUAUGUGGUGGAUUUGAUUCCCAUGAGAUUUUCAGUGACAUAUGGAAGUUGUGUCUGGUGACGUAUACCUGGACAAAGCUGUCUGCUAGUCUCCACAUACCUGUUUACUUCCAUGCAGCUGAUGUCACCAAGGAGGGCUGUAUGUAUGUGUUCGGGGGUGUCUCACGGAUUGACACCAUCAGGACCAAUGCCGUCCAGAGAAUCUGGCUUCGAGUACCUGCACUCGAUGAACUGUGUUGGGAUUACAUGUGUAGGAAGAUGGAUGUUGUGAAAUUCAAGCAGGACAAGAAGAAUCUUUUAGGUCUCGGUGUACCUAUGCACUUUGUUGAUCGGUUGUCAUAACAACAGGCUCUGUAUUACUGCCACCACACAUAUAAGUCUUUCAUAACACAUUUUACAUACAUGUGAUGUCAUAUUUUGUUGUUGACCGCUACUGGCCUACCUCAUAAUUUUCAGGCAAUGUCAUCUGCAGUUUUUAAUCUGAUUGACGGAAACUUGUUCACAAUAACAAGGGUCUGAACUACCAGUAACUCAUGUCCAGUGCAGUAAAGUAUUUCGUAACAUUCUCACAUUUGUAUCACAUAUAUGUAGGGGAAAUCCAUUGACAUUUUUUUUGUUGUCAAUUUCUGGGAUGAUCUGAUCAUCUGUUUACGAGGGAGAAUAUUAAUGUGCAAAAUAUCCCGGUAAUAGUUGAGGAAAUUUUCAUCAACAUUUUCAGCUCCAUAACUGGAAAAGUUUUCAUGGUAGAUUAUCUUCAUAUGAAUGUCAUUUGUUUCUCAUUGAUAAGAAAUCAUUUCCAUGUCAAGAAGAAAUUAAUGACAACAGUACAUGUUAACGAGGAACAUGCAAUAUAAUCAGACAUAAGUCCUUCAUUCGUAGAAAUACGUAGCUAAACUUUUGAAGCAAUAUAAAAUCAAUCUCAUUAUUCAUUGGUUCAGUUUGGUGCAAAAGAACUUUAUCUCGGCCAUAGUUAGGAAAAUAUGAUGAAUAUAUGGAGGUUAAACUUGGAGAGUAAGUGUUGUGGUGUCAGAAGAAUUUUUACGAAACAUUUCUGAAUUUUUAUGAUACACAUUUCUGAUAUAUUUUCAUACCAGUAGUUACAUAGACAUUAGACACUUUAGAUGACAUCAUCAUAAACGUAGCACCAUGAUAUCGUGUUGUGAAAUUCUACACCAUGAUAUUGUGUUGUAAAAUUCUAGUCAUCACUAGAUCUCACAGAAGUUUUCACUUCACUCGUUACACGGGAAAAUCACUUGAAAAUGAAUUUGAAAGUAAUAGGACAAAAAAAUCUCUUUUGGACUUCAUUAACCUAUCCAGUAGAACUGGUUAGCUUGACUUCUUAUUUAACAGUUCUGUUCCUACAUUGAAAUAACGAGUACUUGUACUGUAGUUCCCAACUUACAUAUUCCUUAGUUUUUUCUUUUACAAAACUGACAGAUUCAAUAAUAGUUUUUUGCGGGAAGACAAAUCAAGUGUUGUACCACAAAAAUGAUCAUUUUCAGAAAUAUUUCCACAUAACAGUAACAUGAGAAUUGAUUAAUUUGUUUCGUUUCCUACAAUUUUGUAUCAACCAAUAUUAAGAGUAUCUCCUUUUCAAAUCUACUAUAAUAUAACCUGGCUUUAUUGUGGAGCCUGAGAUAAUCCAGUCCUUGAGCUUCCUGGCAAACUUGCAUGUUGAUAAAGUUUGUUUACAUAUUGUUAACUUUUACUCGAUUGUUAAUCUAAAAUGUUACAUUUCAUGUUUUAUGCCCCGUUGUGAAGUGUAAGUAGCUGUAGAUAGUAUGAAUUCUUCGUUUGAAAGCUUUUGACUUGAUUUUUGACCAGAUAUUAACUUUUUUCAUUGCAUUUUUCUUUUUUUUUAUCAUAAAAUGUAGCAUGUUAUCCUUUCAUGAAUAUUAUUUUCCAUCAGAUAUCUCCAUACGUUUAUAGGGCUUAUUCUAAUGUCAAUUUAUAACAUUUUCUUAUCUUCUUCAGUUUCACAAUGAAGACAUUUUAAUUGUUGUUUCGGAAUUGGCCGAAUUAUUGGUAAAAUUUGGAUCAAAACAAUGGACUUGUUAGAAUCAUCAUGUAACUUGAAUACUUACUCUACAUGCCACAUGUAGCGUAGAUGUCAGCCUCUGAAACCUCCAAUUAGGGAGAU